CAAGAACUACGUAUUCUGACGAUGAGUCCAUUGCAGUCUCGGAGAUUGUAUAAUGCAUUGGACAGUGCAUCUCGAAAUCACAUGGUUUACACUAGGUUCCAGUCGCUGGUAACCUGAUGAGAUGCUGAUUAAUAUUUGAUGGUAAAAAAAAUACGUAUAAUUUAAAGAAUUUGAUAAAUGUAAGAACAACCUCAAUAACCUUGCGAUGGAAUUGAAUUGGACGCACUGUCCUCUGGAUUAAUUUACUCAGCAAACUGCUUCCAAUUGCGAACAACAAUAACACUGAUGAAUAACGAUAGUACUACAACAAAAUAAAAUAUUAAUUGACACAUGAAAUAACAGGCACGAUGGAGAAUAAACGGAAAAAAAAGAUGACUUACUUCACAAUUGGACUGAUCUUUCUUCUAAGUGGAAUGGAAUAUGCUGUUAUCUUGCCCACGAUAUGGAGGUACCUGCAGACUCUGGGGGCAGCGCCUUACUUCCUGGGUCUGGGCCUAUCGGCAUUCAGUCUGUCUGGUCUCCUCUCGGGCCCCUGGUUUGGCUACUGGUCUGACAAGACACACGCCACCAAGAAGAUAAUCCUGUUUGCAAACCUCUUUGAAAUUGUUGGUAACUUCAUGUAUUUCAUGGGCUACUCCAAGUGGCUUUUGAUCUUUAGCAGACUAGUGGCAGGUGUUGGUACAGGUGCGGGUUCAUCCAUCUUUGGCUUCAUGGGCCGAUGCACAGCCCACAAGGACCGCUCCGCCGUGUUCGCAUCGGUCAUGGCGUGCCGACAGAUUGGCCUAAUGAUUGGUCCCGUAUUGAAUCUCUUCCUGAGGCUUUGUGACUUCAAGUUGGGGCCGUUCGUGGUGAACAAGUACACUGCACCUGGGCUUUUUAUGUGCUUGAUGUGGACCCUCCUCCAGCUGGUCGUGGUCUUCAUGUUCUGGGAAAUCCCUCCCCAGGAGGAGCCGGUGGGGGAGGGAGGGGGAGCCGCCUGGGAUGGAGCCGGGGAGGUGGCGGAGGGGAAGCCCUUGCUCGGGCCACGCCCAGACAUCCUGGGGUCCUACGGCUCGGUGGUGACUCCUGAUCCUCCUAGGUCAACUGCUAACCCGGCCAACUCCAACCUGCCUCGCGUCUCUCCCACCCCCUUGCCCCCACUCGAAGAGGUGGCUGACUCUAGAUCUUCGAGUUUCAGCAUGAGCCGAGAGUUCCUAAGGGAAGAGGUGGUUGUGCUGUUCACAGCUCACUUCGUCAUACUGUUUAACCAGACGGCACUGGAGACCGUCGUGACCCCGUUGACCCAGCAGUACUUUAACUUCGGGGAGUUGGAGAACAGCAUCAUUUACUGCAUCUGUAGUGUGGAGGUGAUCACAGGCUUCCUGUUUGUCCACUGGCUGUGCCGCUACACGACCGAGAGGGUGUUGCUGGCCGUGGGCCUUAUCCUCUGCCACAUCUCCUGCGUAUGGUGCCUCAUCUUCCUGGCCAACCCACAGGGUAAUUUCUCCUGGCAGUUAGCAGAGUUCAUCAUUGGGGUGUUCCUGCAGAUUUCAGGGCUCCCCUUUGUAGCUGUAGCCCAGGUGUGUCUCUUCUCCAAGAUCACUUCGGUAGAGUCUCAAGGGUUGAGCCAGGGGGUACGUCGCUCUGUGGGGGGUCUGGCCACUAUCUUGGGCCCCCUAUGGGGGGGUGGUUUGACGGGGCACAUGUACAUCAUGCUGGGGUUGAUGAUGGCUCUACUGGUCCUGUUCGCUAUCAUUUUCUCCUUCUCCUAUCCCCGCCUGGUGGCUCCCACUGUGGUAGAACAUGCACAGGGUGUGGAGAACAGUGAGGAUAGCGUUGGUGUGCAAGGCCAGGAGAACUAACGUAGCGGGUUUGGAGACUGAGGUAAAGUGUGAAGCGAGUUUCUUUCUACCUUGAAUCCAUCUCAGGACAUGUGCUUCCUCGAUCGCUGAAGACUCGCAUACGUUGCACACACGCCGUACAAGAUGACUGUAGGGCCUGUACUAGAUGAAUGUACUUCUGCAGAUAUAGUAUCAAAAUGGAAACUAAAUACUUUGGAAUUACGUGUAAUGUACAAACAUUUAGAAAGAUGUUGGUUAUGCACAAAACAUUACAACUUUGUAAAAGGUGUUUCUGAUUUUUAUAGCUCAACCUCCUGUCACAUUUCACAUGAUUGUACCACUGACUGAUACUUUCACACUCUGACAAAGAUUUUAUAAGAAAUUAACAGAUCAGCUUUUUUUAUGUAUAGACAAAUGGUCAAAACAUUGAUCAUAUCUCAGCCCACACACACUGUCCAGAGUUUUCAGCUGACUGAAGUGUGUCAAUGCAUGUUGGUGGUUUCUGAUGGCUGAGUAUGAUUAUGACAUGCAGUACCCUUUUCUAACACUGGUGGGUGCCCUUAUACUUUAUUUCUUUACUGUGGUGUUACUGAAGGCUGUGUGGCAGAGCCUCAAGUAGAUCGCUGUCCUGAUCCCAGAUCUGUUUGUGCUCUUGACGACGCCAUUGCUGUCGAAGUUAAGCCAAACAUGUUUACAGUGACAAGGAGUUGGCUUGAUGGCACAGACUGGCACUCUGGCAACAAAAUAGCCAAAGAGAACAUGUUUCUGAAAAUUACUUUUUUCUUCACAGAAUGAGGGCAAGGGGAAAUACUAGAUCACUACUGACUGUAAUAAAUAUGUAAUGGCUUUAUGAAUGGAGUCAUGUUGAAGUUAUACUAUUCUAGGCAUCUUGUGACAUAGCUGUUAAAGAUGAAUAUGGCUCAAUGUAAUCUGCUACAUAUUAUUUUUGCAAUUGAGGUAUUAUAUUUUGGUCAGUGCAUAACCUGUUCAAUAACCACUUAGUUGAUGAAUUCAUGUCUUUUGAGAAUAGCUGUUUUAUCCGGCGGUGUCUCACUUUGUAAAGGAAUAUGCUAAUUGUUAUAGCUAACAUUAUCUUUCUAUUUGAGACAUUUUCCCCUUACUCUUAGAAUACUUUAAGUUGCAUAUGAUUUGAACAAACAUUUAUACAUAGCUAGUAGUCAUGGUCCCUAAUGUGUUGUAACUAACGGAGAAGUCUAGAACUUAGCUUUCAAAAAAAUGUCAUCUAUUUGAAUAAUGUUCUAGUAUAUUAUUACCUACCAUUGAAAACAUUUGACAAACGUGUUUAACAAUCAAAAUGAUAAAACGUUACACUGGUCUCUGCAACACUACUGUGCACAUGUACAACUUAUUGUGUCUUGGCCAUUUUUACAAUGAAAUGUCAUUAAUAAAAAUAAAGUUUUUU